GGUUUAUUGGUCGCAGCGCCCUCUGUAAUGUCAACUGUCACGUCAAAGUCAAUUUAAUAUAUUCAAUUUGGAGGGAAACAAACGAUUUCCAACCGACAUUUUAGCAUUGUGUGAUUGUGUGUUUACGUUUGGGCAUUUAAAUCCCUUUAAAUUGUUGAUAUUUGGAAACAAACAGACUUUUGUUAUUAAAACAAUAACCAUGGCUCAGUCGUCGAUUGCUUGUUAUUUUAAUUCGCGAAAACGACCAGCGGCGGAAGAUACUAAAAUAAAUCGGGCGAAAAAAGUGCUAGUUUUGGACGAACAUUGUGGAGUCAAAAAUACCGUAGACAACCCAAAAGAUGUUAUAUAUCAGAAAAUAUCUCGUGAGGAAAGAUGCAACUCACCUAAUAAUUUAGUGAAACCAAAAUCGGCCAAAAAGAUUGUAGCAAAUAGGAUUAGAACCACGAAGACAGUAUCCGAUAAAGGAGAUAUCCGAAGAUUUUUCACUAACAUGCCAAAAGAGACUGAUAGCCCCUUAUUACCUUGUGAUAUGGCUUUAAAACAUCACACUACACCUCCAAGUUCACCCACCAAAAAUGCCAACGCCAUGGACAAAAUCAAUCCCGAAGGGCCCUCGUUGAAGGAGAUCAAGAGAAAAUUAACGAGAAGCGCCCGUUUGGCUGACCUGAAGGCUUCUAUGAGCAGAUUUCAGGAGAAAGCUGAGAAACUCGAAGAGAUAGAGAAGAAAACAUCCACUAUUCCGGAGUCCCCGAGACUGAAAACCUUUCGAACAAUCGAAUUGGAAGUUCAAACGAGCCCACAGAAGCUGUUUUCUCCGGAAAAACAAUACCUCAGUCCCAAAAAGGACCUCGGCGCCAGAAGGAACCUCUUCAAUCUCCAGAGCCCCACGAAGAACGCCGUCCCAUUGCCGGCCGACAGCCCCGCCAAGCAGAUCCUGCACGAAACCUCCAGGCCUGCCCUAGGCCUGCCCUACAAGUACAAAUACAUCGCCGAGCUGUUCCGCUCCACGGACAUCGUCUGCCAGAUCAUGUUCAACAGGAAGGAAACCAUAACGUUCGCCAAACUCAAGUCGGCGGUGGAGGAGAUGCUGAAGAGGAACUUGCUCGAGAAGCACUUGGCGCAAAUACGCUCGAUUUUCCCCGAAGCGUACGAAUUCGCGCGGCAGAAAAUGAAAGUCUUCGGGGCCGGCAUGAGGCAGGAGCGUUGGGAGCUCGUGGUGUCUCCUACAUUCGGAGACGUUGAGCAUGUUUCAUCCGAUACGCUGCUGCAGAGAAGACGCAAACUGUACAGCAUUCUCCUCGAUAAAGCAAAGCACUACCACCAGGAAUUCCUCUCUUCGUUGGAUCCUCCUAUCGUGUUAAACCAACGACAAUUGACUAGAUGGCAUCCGGAGUUCGACAUCGAAAAGGUACCGGACAUCGAAUGCGCCCCAUUGCCUCCAGCCCCCGUUGAACAGAAACUAACCACCGGUAAAGAGGUGCUGGAGAAGGUCAAGCUUAUGUUCAACUGCAACACCAGAAUGGAGCAGGCGCUGGAAAAGUUGCAGGAGAUGAAAUCUUCGGAGGCUUCUCGUUCAGCUUCCGAAACUAAAGAAGAUGAUGCCUGUAAUUCUCAUUUAAAAGGUAUUCCAAAGGCUCUUUUGGAGAAGGUACGUCAAAAACAGGCUGCUAAAGCCUUGCUGACGAUGACUAGAUCGGCGGAUCAAGAGAAGGAACUGAAAAUUUACUCGAGACUGCCGGAGAUAGCGCGCCUUACCAGAAGCCUGUUCGUUUCGGAGAAGAAGAGCGUCCUGCAGCUGGAAGUGGUGGUAGAAAAAUUGGGUAACUGCUACAGAAGCCAUUUGAGUAGGGUCGAAAUGGAGGAGCACCUUCGGGUGAUUUCCAAAGAGUUUCCUAGCUGGUUGGUGUUCCAUAUGGUUAGGAAUUGCGUGUACCUUAAAAUCGCCAAAGGGGACGAUUUGAGUUUGAUUAUGCAGAAAUUGGAGUGUUUAGCUAAGGAGAAAAGCGAAUUGUCGUAGAUAAUUUGGAUUUUUAAGUAUGUAGAUUGAAGUACAAAAUUGUUUAUUAAUUUAAGUAUCAAGGUUUGUAAUUUGGAUUUGUUUGUGUAAUCUGCGGUAUGUACGGUUUUUAGUAGUAAUAUUUAACGGUGAGUUUUAAAAGUGCCUAAUUGUUUUUUUCUGGUUGUGAUAUUCUAUAAUAGUUUUUUGGCUACAGGUCCAAUUUUUAUUCAAAAUAUUACUAAACAUGCACUUAGUACUUACUCUUUUUUAUGCAUAAAAAUUGGACUUUAAAAGGAAUUUUGGUGAAAAACUAUGUUACAAACAAAGAAAUUUCCACCAAAAAGAAGGAAUUACAAUUAUAUCAACAAUUUUAUUUCUAUUAGAACCGUUGGCGCAAACAAAACUGAAAUUUAACGUUGAUUUUUUAUAUUUAUUCCCAAAUUUUCUACUUUUUAUAAUUUAUCCGAAACCUUGUAGUAAAACGCCAAUAAAUAAUCCAA